CCUUAUUCCUUCGCCACUUUUAGGGUUUUCCUUACAUUCACUGUGCUGUGCAGCUCUUUCUUUGUCUCUGUAAUUCAACUCUGAUUUCACGUACCUUUAUCGGGAUUCACUGAUUCAGUGCGUAAAUUGUAUAGAUUAUAGAUGGUUUUUCCUCGAUUGUUUCGAUUUUGCUGGUUCUUGUUUGGCUGAUUGGGAUUAAAUUCUAAUUACAAAUUAAGAAUAUAUAUAAUAGGAAUUUUAGGGUUUCGGAUUUGGGGGAGGGUUUGUGCCUUUGUGGCUUAGUCCAGUUGAUUUGAUAAUUAAAGGUUGUAUAUUUGUUCUGUUAGUAGCUACGGACUCCGGUGCGGUCAGAUGCAGCGUGAUAUCGGAUUUUGGUGCGCGUGAUCGCAUCGCCCGCCCAGGGGUGGCGAGCGAGUCUUGAAUCCGAGGGGUUGUGGCUUUUGUAUGGAAACUCGGAGCCGAAAGCGGGCGGAGGCCACCUCAGCAGCGCCUUCUUCUUCUUCCUCUGGUCCCACCACUCGUUCCUCAAAGCGUGCACGCCUCAUCUCCGCUACCUCAUCCUCUUCCUCCAACCCCGCUGCCACCUCCACAGCUCAAUCCUCGAUAUCGACCCGGUCCCGCUCUGCCGCCGCAGCUGCAGUGAAAGUUCACGAACCACAACAGCCCGCCCCGAUGGACUCCACCACCGAAUCUUCCGGGUCGCGCCGCCGUGGCCGAAACUCCGAUAGAGACAAUACGGAUAAAGGGAAGGAGAAAGAACAUGAGGUUAGGGUUAAGGAUAGAGAUAGGGAUAACGACCGGAACCUGGGUUUGAAUGUGGAUGCCAGUGGCUGUGCUGACGACGAUGAUAAUGAUAGCGAGGGCGGCGUGGGUAUUCUGCAUCAGAACCUAACCUCAGCUAGCAGUGCUCUCCAGGGGUUGCUGAGGAAGCUCGGAGCGGGGUUGGACGAUCUCUUGCCUUCUUCUGCGAUGGGUCCCGCCUCGUCUUCGCACCAGAGUGGGCGGUUGAAGAAGAUUCUGUCUGGGCUGAGAGCCGACGGGGAGGAAGGAAAGCAGGUUGAGGCGUUGACGCAGCUCUGCGAGAUGCUCUCAAUCGGGACCGAGGAGUCGCUCAGCACAUUCUCAGUCGAUUCCUUCGUUCCUGUGCUCGUGGGGUUGCUCAAUCACGAGAGCAACCCGGAUAUUAUGCUCCUUGCCGCUAGAGCACUGACUCAUCUCUGUGACGUGCUUCCUUCAUCUUGUGCUGCGGUUGUGCAUUAUGGCGCGGUUUCGUGUUUCUGUGCGAGGUUACUUACCAUAGAGUAUAUGGACUUGGCUGAACAGUCUCUACAAGCUCUGAAGAAGAUAUCUCAGGAACACCCGACUGCCUGUUUGAGAGCUGGUGCUCUUAUGGCAGUACUUUCAUAUCUGGAUUUCUUCUCCACGGGAGUUCAGCGAGUGGCAUUAUCCACGGCUGCGAACAUGUGCAAGAAACUCCCAUCAGAUGCUGCUGACUUUGUGAUGGAAGCUGUCCCCCUAUUGACAAACCUUCUUCAGUAUCACGAUUCAAAGGUGUUGGAACAUGCUUCUAUUUGUUUGACUCGAAUUGCUGAAGCAUUUGCAUCAUCUCCGGAUAAAUUAGAUGAACUUUGUAAUCAUGGUCUGGUUGCACAAGCUGCCUCGCUUAUUUCUACCGGCAAUUCUGGAGGUGGACAGGCAUCUCUCAGUGCGCCUACAUACACAGGUUUAAUUCGACUUCUUGCCACUUGUGCAAGUGGCUCUCCUCUAGGAGCCAAAACUUUGCUUCUCCUUGGAAUCAGUGGCAUCCUUAAAGAUAUUUUAGCGGGUUCAGGCAUAUCAACUAAUGCAUCAGUUUCACCUGCUUUAAGUAGACCAUCAGAACAGAUUUACGAGAUUGUCAACCUGGCAAAUGAACUUCUACCUCCUCUGCCACAAGGAACCAUCUCUCUCCCAGCUAGCUACAAUUUAUUUGUGAAAGGACCUACUGUUAAGAAGUCUUCUGCUGGCAGUUCUGGGAAACAGGAAGACACAAACACAAAUGGAAAUGUCCCCGAGGUUUCUGCUCGCGAGAAAUUACUGAAUGAUCAGCCUGAGCUUCUUCAGCAGUUCGGAAUGGAUCUACUUCCCGUCCUGAUACAGAUCUAUGGUUCAAGUGUGAAUGGCCCUGUUCGUCACAAAUGUUUGUCAGUUAUUGGAAAAUUGAUGUACUUCAGUACUGCAGAGAUGAUUCAGUCUUUAUUAAGUUCAACAAACAUAUCAAGUUUCUUGGCGGGUGUUUUAGCAUGGAAAGAUCCACACGUCUUGGUUCCUGCUCUUCAAAUUGCCGAGAUUCUUAUGGAAAAGCUUCCUGGGACUUUCUCCAAGAUGUUUGUGAGAGAAGGUGUGGUACAUGCUGUGGACCAACUUAUCUUGGCUGGUAAUCCAAGUUCCGUUCAUGCACAAGCAUCUUCUACAGAGAAGGAUAAUGAUUCUGGCUUUGGGACAUCUUCACGCUCCAGGCGUUAUAGACGACGGAGUGGAAACACCAAUCCGGAUGGAAAUGUUUCAGAAGAAUCUAAGAAUCCUGGUUCAGUAAAUAUUGGAUCGCCUCCAAGUUCAGUGGAAAUUCCUUCUGUCAAUUCAAAUCUUCGUAUGGCAGUCAGUUCAUGUGCUAAAGCUUUUAAAGACAAGUACUUCCCAUCAGAUCCUGGUGCUGUCGAAGUGGGAGUUACAGAGGACCUCUUACAAUUAAAGCAUCUUUGCAUGGAGUUGAAUGCUGGAGUUGAUGACCAAAAGACUAAAUCAAAGGGAAAAUCUAAAGCUUCUGGGUCUCGCUUGGCUGAUAAUUCUGCACAUAAGGAAGAGUAUCUGAUCGGGGUUAUAUCUGAGAUGCUAGCAGAACUAGGAAAAGGGGAUGGUGUAUCAACUUUUGAGUUUAUUGGUAGUGGUGUUAUUGCUGCUUUGCUGAACUACUUUUCUUGUGGCUACUUCUCUAAGGAGAAAAUAUCAGAAGUUAACCUGCCCAAGCUUCGCCAACAAGCACUUAGAAGAUUCAAGUCAUUUAUUGCUGUUGCACUUCCUUCCAAUAUUGAUGAAGAAAGUGUAGCUCCUAUGACUGUCUUGGUUCAGAAGCUUCAAAAUGCUCUUUCCUCCUUGGAGCGUUUCCCUGUUGUGCUAAGUCAAUCAUCAAGGUCAUCUGGUGGAAGUGCACGCCUUUCGUCUGGACUGAGCGCAUUGUCUCAGCCUUUCAAGUUGCGUCUAUGUAAAGCCCAGGGUGAGAAAUCUCUCCGUGACUAUUCAUCUAAUGUUGUACUGAUUGAUCCAUUAGCAAGUUUAGCAGCUGUUGAAGAAUUUCUUUGGCCCCGAGUCCAGAGAGGUGAGUCUGGUCAGAAAUCCUCAGCAUCUGCAGGGAAUUUCGAGUCUGGAACUACACCUAUGGGAGCUGGUGCCUCUUCUCCAUCUACUUCUACUCUUGCUUCCACCACUCGUCGGCAUUCUACCAGAUCCAGAACAUCCGUUAAUAUUGGAGAUGCAUCUAAGAAGGAUCCAUCACAAGAGAAAAGCCCAAGUUCAUCAAAGGGAAAGGGAAAAGCAGUUUUGAGACCUGCUCAGGAGGACGCUAGAGGACCUCAAACAAGAAAUGCUGCUCGUGGAAGAGCAACAGUAGAUAAAGAUGCUCAAAUGAAACCUGUGAAUGGGGACUCUACUUCUGAGGAUGAGGAAUUGGAUAUAUCUCCUGUCGAACUUGACGAGGCAUUGGUGAUUGAAGAGGAUGAUAUUUCAGAUGAUGAGGAUGAUGACCAUGAUGAUGUGCUAAGAGACGAUUCUCUUCCCGUGUGCAUGCCUGACAAAGUACAUGAUGUAAAAUUGGGUGAGUCGGCUGAGGAUAGUUUUGUUGCUCCAGCAGCUAGUGACAGCCAGACUAACCCAGCAUCUGGUUCUAGUAGCAGAGCUGCUACAGUCAAGGGUUCUGAUUCUGUUGAUUUUAGGAGUGGUAAUUGUUAUGGUUCAAGGGGUGCAAUGUCAUUUGCUGCUGCUGCCAUGGCUGGUCUUGGAUCUGCUAAUGGUAGAGGUAUUAGGGGAGGCAGAGAUAGGCAAGGACGCCCUUUAUCUGGAAGCUCCAAUGAUCCUCCAAAGUUAAUCUUUACUGCAGGUGGGAAGCAGCUUAAUAAGCAUUUGACUAUCUAUCAGGCUGUUCAGCGACAGCUUGUACUGGAUGAGGAUGAUGAUGAGAGGUAUGCUGGCAGUAAUCUCAUAUCUAGCGAUGGAAGCAGGCUGUGGAGUGACAUUUACACUAUCACAUAUCAGAGGGCAGAAAGCCAAGCUGAUAGGGCUUCUGCUGGAGGGUCAAAUUCUAAUACGGCAUCAAAAUCUACCAAAUCUGGGUCUGCUUCCUGUCCAAACUCUGAUGCCCAGUUGCCUCGAAUGUCACUUAUAGAUAGUAUCUUGCAGGGAGAACUUCCUUGUGAUCUGGAAAAAUCUAAUCCUACUUUCAAUAUAUUGACACUUCUGCGCGUAUUAGAGGGUUUGAACCAACUUGCAUCUCGUUUGAGAGCCCAGGUACUUUGCGACAAUUUUUCCGAAGGAAAAAUCUCUAGCCUGGAUGAGCUCAGUACAACAGGUGCCAGGGUUCCUUUGGAGGAAUUUAUUAACAGCAAGCUUACUCCCAAAUUAGCUCGGCAAAUUCAAGAUGCACUUGCACUGUGCAGUGGUAGUCUUCCUUCAUGGUGCUACCAGUUAACAAAAGCUUGUCCUUUCUUGUUUCCUUUUGAGACCCGGCGCCAGUACUUUUAUUCAACUGCUUUUGGGUUAUCUCGUGCUUUAUAUCGUCUUCAGCAGCAGCAGGGUGCUGAUGGUCAUGGAUCAACAAAUGAAAGAGAGGUGAGGGUUGGGAGAUUGCAGCGCCAAAAGGUCCGUGUCUCCAGAAACCGCAUUUUAGAUUCUGCUGCAAAAGUUAUGGAGAUGUAUUCUAGCCAGAAAGCUGUGCUUGAGGUAGAAUAUUUUGGUGAAGUUGGCACUGGAUUGGGUCCAACCCUUGAAUUUUACACACUUUUAAGUCAUGACCUACAGAAAGUUGGACUCGGAAUGUGGAGAACAAAUUCUUCCUCCGAGACACCUUCAAUUGAAAUCGGUGGAGAUCAAAAUAAAAAUGGAAAAACCAAUAAUGCUGAUGUGGGCCUUGUUCACGCCCCUCUUGGGUUAUUUCCUCAUCCUUGGCCUCCAAAUGCUGAUGCUUCUGACGGUAGUCAGUUUUCUAAGGUUAUUGACUAUUUCCGGUUGGUAGGGCGUGUGAUGGCGAAAGCUCUUCAAGAUGGGCGGUUAUUGGACCUGCCACUGUCAACAGCAUUUUACAAGCUUGUGCUUGGUCAAGAGCUUGAUUUGCAUGAUAUUCUUACUUUUGAUGCUGAGUUAGGGAAGACUUUGCAAGAAUUGCACGUCCUUGUUUGCCGGAAACAAUAUCUAGAAUCAACUGGCGGUGAUAAUAGCAAUGCAAUUGUGGAUUUACGUUUUCAUGGGGCUCCAAUUGAAGCUCUCUACUUUGAUUUUACACUUCCUGGUUAUCCAGACUACAUUUUGAAACCUGGAGAUGAAAAUGUUGAUAUUUAUAACUUGGAGGAGUAUAUUUCCUUGGUAGUUGAUGCAACUGUCAAGACUGGAAUAAUGCGGCAAAUAGAAGCAUUUAGAGCAGGGUUUAAUCAGGUCUUUGAUAUCUCAUCUUUACAAAUAUUUACUCCGCAUGAAUUGGAUUACUUGCUUUGUGGCCGCAGAGAGCUGUGGGAGGCUGAGACACUUGCUGAUCAUAUAAAAUUCGAUCAUGGAUAUACUGCCAAGAGCCCAGCAGUGGUUAAUUUACUGGAAAUUAUGGGAGAAUUCACACCAGAGCAGCAGCGGGCUUUCUGCCAGUUUGUCACUGGUGCACCUAGGCUUCCACCUGGUGGUCUGGCAGUGCUUAAUCCCAAACUGACCAUUGUGAGAAAGCAUUCUUCGACUGCUGCUAAUGUAGCAGUCAAUGGGACUGGGCUUUCAGAAUCAGCAGACGAUGACUUGCCUAGUGUGAUGACAUGUGCAAACUACCUGAAGCUGCCUCCUUACUCCACAAAGGAGAUAAUGGUCAAGAAACUACUUUAUGCAAUCCACGAAGGACAGGGAUCUUUUGAUUUGUCAUGAGUUUUUGGGACAAAUCAAUCGACCUAUGUAUAAUGCAUCACAGCAUUUAUUCUCCUGCAAAAAUUUUGAUGUGAAAGUCAAAUAAUGGCGUCUGAUUAGGUGCCUCUCUAUAUUAGAGCACGAUGGAGGUCAGUUCCUAUAUUCUCAUGGUGGCUGUAUACCCGAAUUUUGUUGCUAGCCUGUUGUUUGAUCUUCCAUUUGGACCCUAUUUCUGCAUAUGCUAAGUUUUUCUUCCUGGAAUUGCUUAUUCUUUCUUCAAAACAGCCACAUCAGUGCAACGGUUGAUCCCUCUUUUUGGUCUUUUUUUUUUUACCCCUUCAACUUCAUCAGUAAUAUGUAUAUUGGUGUCAUAAACAAUAGCAGAACUGUUUUCAGGUUGGAUCGCCAAUAUUUUCAGGAAGCUGUAAAGGAAAUUGGAGAGCACCUUUUCAGCUGCUAGGGUUUGUAAAUAAACAGGGAAUUUGUUUGGUUUUGUUUUCAAUUUUUAACUCAUUGGUGGUAGAUAUACAUAAAUGGUAUGUGAAAUAUUUAAAGGGAAAAAUAAAUAAUUCUGAAUAUUUGUUGCGACUUUCUAGUUCA